AUGAAUAACGGUCUGACACCUUAUGCAUUCAUGGAAUAUGACGUUGAACAUCAUGAUAAUUGUUUAAAUAUAAAUUUGGAUGAAACAAUUAAAUCAGUUAAAUGUUUGGAUCAAACAUCACAAAGUUUAUCUCUUCACUUUUCUAAACAACAAGGUUUGGAAAAAUUUGAGAGAUCUUUAGUUGUCAACUCAACAAAAUUAGUUGAUCAUUGA